AUGAGUUAUAUCCCACUGCCAAAAGAAGAACGAAACAAUGAGAUGAAAAAACUUGCAUCUGAAUCAGUGUAUGUGGUUUCACUGCCAUCAAGGUCUUCCCAGGCACUGAGUCAACCUGCAUAUCGAGCUGCUUUAACCAAGAGAAAAGUUGAAGAGGAGGAGGAACAAGAAGAGGCAAAAGACAUCACUGUUCGAGUUAUGUCCUCUCAGUCUGUGCUUGUUACUUGGUCAGAUUCCGUCUCUGAGAAACAGAGGACUACUACUUCCAGGCAGUACACUGUCCGUUAUCGAGAGAAAGGUGAAUCAGCGAGGUGGGAUUACAAGCAAGUGCCCAACAAGCGAGUGCUGGUGGAUAAACUGAUUCCAGAUACUAUGUAUGAAUUUGCAGUUCGCAUCUCACAGGGGGAAAAGGAAGGCAAAUGGAGUGCCUCUGUUUACCAAAGAACCCCAGAAGCUGCUCCCACAAGUGCCCCUGAAAACCUGGAAGUUUUGCCAAUAAAAGGCAAAGCAACAUCUGUUGCUGCAACCUGGGAUGCUCUUCCAGAGAGUGAAGGAAGAGUAAAAGAAUACAUUCUCUCAUACGCCCCUGCUCUCAAGCCCUUCGGUGCAAAGUCCAUUACCUACCCGGGAGAAACUACGUCUGCCAUAGUGGAUGAUCUGGAGCCUGGGGAACGAUAUAUUUUCAAAAUUCGUGCAGGAAACAGGAGGGGACAAGGCCCUCAGUCUAAAGCCUUCAGUGUUAUUCUGCCAGCAACCAGUAUACCUGAAUCAAAGUCCAGACAACAAACACACACUGAAGAUGCACUGGAAAUUAAAACAUCUAGGAAUACUGAACCAUCCUCCCCUUUCCGAACCUCUUCUGUCUUGUCUGAAAAUAUCUCUAAGCAUACUUCAAGUCAUUCAUCCAGUGUCCCUCAUGGAAGAGAUUCAGAAAGUCUGCUUUCUGACUUCAAGAAUAAAUUCUUAUCUGGUAGUUCGCUCCCCCCAAAAACUCAGCUAACUUCUAGAAGAAGAAUGGAAUCGGAAAUUGAUUCUCGUUCCACUGAAGGCACUAGUGACCAUGAUUCCUCCCAUAGGACAUCAAUACCGUCCAAAAUUCAGGAUGUUAAAAGCAAUGUUAGACCUCAUUCUUCUGUCAAACCUUCACAUUCUGUUCCUUCCUCAGGUAGAACAGCACUUAGAUCACGUACACUUGUACGAACUGGGCAGAUAAGUACUGAUAAGCAAAGGUUGUCACCAUCUGCCUCCUCAACACACACUUCAGUCUCUUUAUCAGCAUCUUCUUCCCCUCCUAAAGAUACAGAAAGUGAAACAAAGAAUACCAGACAUGAUAGCUCUAACCAUCAUUCUUCCCCUGAAGUCACUUUAGAUAAUCUGCCUGAUAAUGAUCAACUUGAUAGUAUAGAGAAAACUUCAGUAAUGUCUUCUAAAACUCCAGGAGACACUCAUUUGAUUUUAAGUUCAAAUCGACAGCCUUCUGCAUCUCAGAAGGUGCUUCAUCCAACCAAAUUGCUUACUCCCUCAGUAUCAUUGAAGUCUUCUGCAUCUGUACCUACAAGUUCUCAAAAACAUUCCCGCUAUCCUGCUAAUAAAUUAGUUUCCUCUGAUACAAGUGAUACUCCUGACACUUAUAAGAGUAGAGAAACAGAAGAGAGAGAGCAAAAACCAAGUUCCAGGCUUUCUUCUUCUAAGGGUGGGUCUUCUACAGCUAUGCAAAGAAAAUCUGUCUCUCAGUUCAACCGCCACACAUUAAGAGAUUCAAGAGUAGCUACCUCUGCUGUUUCUGCAGCUGCUACUCAUACUUUACCUCACUCACAUGGCUCAUCUUCUGCUAAAAAUAAUCCUAAUGAAAGAGAUGAUUCUGAUGAUAACAACAGUGAAAACAGUGAAAAAGAAAACAAAGAAAACAGACAAAGAUCUUCAUCUAGAUCUAAGCCAUCUUCAGGCCAACCUGUGUCUGAACGCUUUAAUUUGUUCAAAUACAGAUCAGCUCUCACUGCCAACCGAUUUGCAAACAAAGUUGGUAACACUCAAGAUGCCAGGACACAGCCCUCUGAAGCCCCCUCCUCUACACCACCAUCAAAGGUGCAUCUUGAGUCUCAUUCACACGUAACAUCAGGUAGUGUUCACAAACUUAAAGCCAACACUAACACGCAUAAAGAACUGGAGGGUGAAGAAGAACAUCCUCUACCCUCAACUCCUCACCAUGGUUAUUCAUCAUCUUUUUCUAAACAAUCUUCUUCAGUGGACUAUUCUAGAAGGAGGAGUUCUCUGACAGAAUUGAGUAAUCCUCACAUAAUUGCACCUACUGACAAAUCUAAUCCAACAAAUGUAAAAGAGGAAAGCUUUGGCAAAGAAAGGGGAAACAAAGAUACAAAAAUAUUUUCGUCACGCAAAGAUUCAUUGUCUUCAGUAUCUGGCCAGUUUCCAUCGUUAAGUAGAAUAAACCAUCGCUCCAGUUCUAGUGCUUCUCAAAGGUUAGCAAAUGGCCAGAGUACAAGAUCCAGAGGCUCAACCUCCUCCACUGACUCUUUUUCAAGGACAUCUAUGGAAAAGUCAGCUCCUUUACAAACUCCUCCUUCCAUGUACCAACCUGAUGAUCCAGAGACAAAAGAUGACAUGUCUGCCAAGUCAAUUCAAACUCCAUUAUUGUCUAAAAAAACAAUUGGAAGUUCUCAUGCUUUAUCCCGCAAAACACUCCAUCCAGAACCUAGCCACUCCCAAAAGGCAGUAACUGAUCAGUCACAACAUCAACCCUUAUUAAAUUCUAAACGCCACCUCACAAUGACAUCCUAUCAAAAUAAAGAAAAACUGGAGGAUGAGGAAGGUGACAGUUUAGGUGAAAACUAUUAUAAGGGGGUGCAUGAUAAAGAGGAACAGAGAGCUUCUCCUUCAGUACCUACCAAAGAUGUUUCUUCAUCUAGGAGAAUAUCUACAUCCUUAUCUCAGGGAAAUACAGACUCCUUUCUUUUAAAGCAUUCUAAUUCUCACACUAGUAAAUCUGGUGAAAGAUCCCCAAAUCGACGGGAAUCUGUAACCUCCUCCAGAGGUUCAUCAAUAGGAAAGCCUACUGGUACACAGUUUAUUACUUCUAACGAAGAUACAUCUAAUGCAUAUAAACUACCUGUGACUUCCCAUCGAUCCAAGUAUGUUCGACCAGGAUCUACCUCUGUUAGUGCCAUAGCCAAAGACCAUCAGUACAGUAGAGGAACUUCCUUAUCUUCAAAAGCAUCCUCAACUAAUCUGAGGCAGACUCAUUCUUCAGCACCCCACUCGCAGCCAGGCUCUAAAGUCCCUACUAGGACAGCAUCCCAAACAGACAAAAAAUAUGGACUCACCCAGCCCACCCCAACAAAAGUUGAGCUUUAUCCCAAAACAGGUUACUCUAAAAUGCAUCAAUCACUUUCAGACAAUAAUGAUAACUAUGAAGAUUAUGAUCAGUCAGAAACAGAGGAAAAUCCCACAUCAUCUUCAGUGUCAAGAUGGUCAUCUUCUUCCAUUUCUAGAGACAGUAAACAUGUGAAAAAUGAUGUUGCUAGUGAUAAAAAUAAAUCGCCAAACCCUAUUUUGCCACACAAAGAAAGAUUUCCUGAUAAGGAAGAAUAUAAACAAGAGGAAGAAAUGGAGGAGGAACGUCCCACAUCCAGAAUAUCAAAUGCUGCACCUUUGGGUAGAUCUGCUUCUUUAACUUCCAGGUCUUCACAGACUCCUAACAAAUCAAAUACCUUGCCUAAAAUAAAUUUGGCUUUGCCACACUCCUCUGGAUCUUCUUCUAAACCUUCUCAGCUUCAUCCCACCCACUCUGCUUCUCCAACACAUUCCUCAUCCUCUCCCUCAGUGUCCACGAGUCAGCGAAAACAGCAGUCAAGAUUAUUAAAUCCUUCCCAAUGGCAGCAAGCUAGAGUUCCUCAUAGACAAGGUAAUGGUGGCAGACCCAACCUAACAACAAAACUGGAUCUAAAUAAUAAAAUAAUACCUGGGGGUAAUGGAAAACGAAAUGGACAGAGAAUAAUAAAUGGUCCACAAGGAGUAAAGUGGAUUGUAGAUCUUGACAGAGGGCUACUGCUAAAUGUUGAAGGAAGGUAUCUCCAAGAUUCACAAGGAAAGCCCCUCAGAGUAAAAUUAGGAGGAGAUGGGCGUACUAUUGUUGAUUCUAAGGGAGCUCCAAUAGUAAGUCCAGAUGGUUUGCCUUUAUUUGGACAUGGAAGAUUUAGCAAGCCUGUGGCAAAUGCACAAGAUAAACCAAUAAUAAGCCUUGGGGGAAAGCCACUGAUUGGUCUUGAAAUGGUUAAGAAAACAACCACUCCAUACACAACAAGAACUAUUACCACCACCACCACCACCACUACAACAACUACCACCACUCCUGAACCAACAACUACUGAGCCACCAACAGAGAAACCAUUGCCUACCUGUCCCCCUGGCAGUUAUGCUGAGUAUGAUGAAGAGGGGAAUCUUGUAUUAGACCUUAAUGGGCUGCCUGAAUGCAACUCUGAAGAUAUAUUCUCAGGACAUGAUGCUGAUGUGGUGGCAACUACGGAGUCAUAUGUGGUAUAUGAUGAAGAUUAUGAGUUUUUUGAGACCACUUUGCCUCCAUCCACGACUACUACCACCACCACUAUGGAAGCACUGCCUGAAAUUGGCUUUCCAGAGUUCAGCAAUGGUGACUCUGAUCCUCUGUCAAAAUAUGAUGCUGCUGGGAAAAAACGCUUUAGUGCUCCUUAUGUGACUUAUCUGAACAAGGAUCCAGCAGCUCCUUGCUCACUGACAGAGGCUCUAGACCACUUCCAAGUAGAAAGCCUGGAUGAAAUCAUACCUGCUGGCCUAAAAGACAUUGACAUGCGUCCUCAGAAAGUCCCUCACAAUAUUACUAUAGUAGCUGUGGAAGGCUGCCAUUCCUUUGUGAUUGUAGACUGGGCCAAACCUACGCAGGGUGAUUUGGUAACAGGUUAUUUAGUUUACAGUGCAUCUUAUGAUGACUUCCUUAGGAAUAAAUGGUCAACCAAGACUGCAGGAAGUACCCAUUUGCCCAUUGAAAACCUGAAGCCAAACACAAGGUAUUACUUCAAAGUCCAAGCGAAGAAUCUUUAUGGCUAUGGACCAAUAAGUUCAUCAGUCUCCUUUGUUACAGAAUCUGACAAUCCCCUGCUUAUUGUCAGACCACCAGGUGGUGAACCGAUCUGGAUCCCAUUCACCUUUAAGUAUGAUCCCACAUACUCCGAAUGCAGUGGCAAACAAUAUGUGAAACGGACGUGGUAUCGGAAGUUUGUAGGUGUUGUCCUUUGUAACUCUUUGAGAUACAAGAUAUACCUCAGUGAUGACCUAAGAGAUACAUUCUAUAGCAUUGGGGAUAGUUGGGGAAGAGGUGAAGAUCAUUGCCAGUUUGUGGACUCACACUUGGAUGGAAGAACAGGGCCGCAAUCAUAUGUCGAAGCUCUGCCUACUAUUCAAGGUUAUUAUCGGCAAUAUCGACAAGAGCCCGUAUCGUUUGGUCGCAUUGGAUAUAUGACACCAUAUUAUUAUGUGGGCUGGUAUGAGUGUGGUGUACCCAUUCCAGGGAAAUGGUAACUGUGCUACAGACUUCUGUGAUUCUUAAGCAAAGUACACCAAGCUGUGCCUUUUGAAUGACUUAUUGGAGGACUCUGAGCAGCUGGUCUAGAAAACGAAAAGUUGGGGGAAAGCAUGGAAAGGUGGAAACAAACAGCAACCGAAUAGACACUGGUGAAACUGAAUACUGUACAGGCUUUUAUCAACCUAAGUCUAUGUUGUUGCUUAAUUACUCUGCUUCAGAGCACAGAUGGGGUUUAAAUCUGAUGUCCUGCUUUCCUUCUCUUUGCCUUUAAAGGUAUGGAGACAUGGCUGCAACAAGGUGCUACAUGGUGUUCAGUAAACCUAAUGUAUUUGUCUAGCCAUGAAAAAUUGGCAUUGUGAUGUAUCUCGCAAGGAAUGACUUAAGCAUGCUGUGCUUGCAUUAUGGAAUGCUAACCACUUUUCACCUCUAUUAAUGGAAUUCGCUGUUGCCUUCCAUGGGGCAAAGUCUUACACUUGAGAAUAUUGCUGUUCAGUCAUGACGUGUUACUAAACAUCUAUGAAAACUCAAAACUUUUCCUGUGGAUUUGCACAUUGUAGGACAAAACACCAGGUCACUAUGUAAAUUCAACUUUAAAAAAUACAGUACUGUAUGCUUGCAGAAGUAUUUUUA